AUGUUACAUAAAUACACCGAAAAGCACAGAAAACCUUUCACAUUUGUGGAGGAAGAAAAAAAUGAUGAUUUCACAAAGAAUCUGGUUGACGCAAACCUGUUGCCAAAGGAAUUGCAGGAUUUAAAUCUUGGCUCCUCAAGUGAAAGAGCCAAAUCCUUGAGCCGCCAUGAAAACCGCAUUUUUUCCAAUAAAUACGUGAUACCUGACGAUGGCGUCCCAGAACAAUUGGCUUUCGAUCUUGUCAGAAACGAGUUGACCUUGGAUGGCAACCCACAUUUAAAUUUGGCAAGUUUUGUCAACACUUCAAGCACAGCCUUGGCGAAAAAGUUGAUCACGGAAAACAUCAACAAAAAUCUCGCCGACAAUGAUGAAUACCCUCAGCUGAUUGAGCUGACCGAGAGAUGUAUCUCUAUGUUAGCGCAGUUGUGGAAAUGCGGCAAAAACGGCGAGGAGCCUAUCGGUUGCGCCACCACCGGUUCAAGUGAGGCCAUUAUGCUUGGUGGCCUUGCAAUGAAGAAAAGAUGGGAGCACAAGAUGAAAGAUGCCAGCAAGUCAACAUCAAGACCCAACAUUAUCAUGUCAUCUGCCUGCCAGGUUGCAUUGGAGAAAUUCGCACGGUAUUUCGAAGUGGAGUGCAGACUAGUACCGGUGUCCUCUGAGAGUCACCACUCGCUGGAUCCGAAGUUGCUGUGGGAUUUCGUCGACGAGAACACGAUAGGUGUGUUUGUCAUCCUGGGUACCACGUACACCGGCCAUUUCGAGAACGUCGAACAGGUUGCGAACACUCUGCAAGAAAUCGAAACCGCAAACCCAACCUGGUCCAACAGAGAAAUACCAAUCCACGUCGAUGGCGCAAGCGGUGGCUUCAUACUGCCCUUCUCCUUCACCGAGAAGCAACUGGCCGCCGCAAAGGUGAGUUACUGGGGGUUCAACCACCCGAGAGUCCUGAGCAUGAACUCCUCCUCACACAAAUUCGGUAUGACGACUCCCGGCCUGGGCUGGGUGCUGUGGAGAGACGGACACUUUGUGCCUUCGGAACUGAGAUUCACCCUGAGGUAUCUGGGCGGCGUCGAGGAGACGUUCGGCCUCAAUUUCUCGAGGCCCGGGUUCCAGGUCAUCCACCAGUACUACAACUUCAUCUCGCUGGGCUUCAAGGGAUACCAGACACUCUUCAACAAGUCGCUGUUCGUGGCACGUGCCUUCUGCUUCAAUCUGCUGAAAAACAAAGAGAUGCCCGACUACUUCGAAGUCGUCAGCGGCAUCCACAACAGAAUCAGCGACGGCAACCUGCCCGCCAAGCUCGACGACUACUGGAGACACCCGGACCAGUUCCAGCCCGGUGUCCCGCUGGCCGCCUUCAAGCUGUCGGCCCAGUUCCACAAGCGCUUCCCCGACAUCCCCCAGGCCAUGCUAUCGACCCUGCUGAGACUGCGCGGCUGGAUUGUCCCGAACUACCCGCUCCCAAAGUCCACUGACGGCAGCGACCAGAGCGAGGUCCUGAGGGUCGUGUUCAGGUCCGAGAUGAGACUCGAUCUUGCCCAGCUGUUGCUGACCGACAUACAGAACGUGGUCUCGAAACUCAUCCGUUGCUACAGCAAGGUGAAAGAAGAAACCGCCGUUGCCACCUCUUCGCAAAAUAGAAACAUUCGCGGUGACGUCAUCUUUGACGUCCUAUCCACCCUCGCUGACCCUGCCGCCGAGCAGGAGACGCCCGCCGAAGAGGUCAGAGAGACCAGGAAAAAGAUGUCAAAAAACUACAGGGGAACCUGCUAG